AUUUCAUGCAGUUGCCUGUGACAGCUCCUGUUGAGUAAACUGAGACUGGAACAUCUUGUAUCAGCUCUUGUACCUGUACCUGCCACGAUGAGAAGUUGCAUAAGAUCUUUUUGGAUCCCUGUCUAGCUGGUCCAUGUUUCAAAAUUCUGUCUUGUAACAUUCUCAAGCAGCCAAAAUGAAGUUGAAGCAUAACAUCAACCCUGUUCUCCUACAGUUUAUAAACUUCAUAGUCCUGCUGUACUCCCUUGUAACGUACAUUCCAUGGUACAUUCUUUCAGGAUCAAAGCAAGCUAUAGCAAAAGCCAAGCAGGUUAAAGCCAGACCUGUGAAUAACAAGCCUGGGGGUGCAUACAGAUCUGUUAACAGUCUGCAUUGCUUAGCUUCAGUUUUAUAUCCUGGGUGUGAUACACUCGACAAAGUUUUUAAGUAUGCUAAAACUAAAUAUAAGGACAAAAAACUCUUGGGAACACGUGAAAUUCUGAAAGAGGAAGAUGAAAUCCAGCCAUCAGGAAAAGUUUUUAAAAAGGUCAUCCUUGGCAAGUACACCUGGCUUUCUUAUGAAGAUGUAUACAUUAAAGCUGUUAAUUUUGGAAAUGGCUUAGCAGUCUUGGGUCAGCAGCCAAAGACUAACAUUGCUAUCUUCUGUGAGACCAGAGCUGAGUGGAUGAUUGCAGCCCAGGCCUGCUUUAUGUGCAACUACCAGCUUGUUACUCUCUACGCCACGCUGGGAGGCCCAGCAAUAGUUCAUGGGCUGAAUGAAACAGAGGUGACCACCAUCAUUACUAGUAAAGAAUUGAUGCAAACAAAAUUGAAGGAAAUUGUUUCUCAAGUCCCACUACUGCGACACAUAAUCACAGUGGAUGGCAAACCCACAACAUGGUCAGAGUUCCCCAAGGGUGUCAUUGUUCACACGAUGGCAUCUGUGCAAGCCAUGGGGGCCAAGGCAGACACUGGAAACAAGCAGCCAUCCAGGCCUGUGCCCUCGGAUAUCGCGGUGAUCAUGUACACGAGUGGAUCCACAGGAAUUCCCAAAGGAGUUAUGAUCUCCCAUUGCAACCUGAUUGCUGGGAUAACUGGAAUGGCUGAGAGGAUCCCAAAUCUGGGGGAAAAAGACAUUUACAUUGGGUACCUGCCCCUUGCCCAUGUUCUGGAGCUGAGUGCUGAGCUUGUGUGUCUGUCCCACGGGUGCCGCAUCGGUUACUCUUCCCCUCAGACACUGGCUGACCAGUCUUCUAAAAUAAAGAAAGGAAGCAAAGGGGAUGUUACUACACUUAAGCCAACUCUAAUGGCAGCUGUUCCGGAAAUUAUGGAUCGAAUCUACAAAAAUGUCAUGAAUAAAGUGAAUGAAAUGACCAGUUUCCAGCGGAAUCUAUUUAUAUUGGCCUACAACUACAAAAUGGAACAGAUUUCCAAAGGUUACACUACCCCACUCUGCGACAGCCUUAUCUUCCGCAAGGUGCGGAUGCUGCUGGGCGGGAAGAUCCGCGUGCUGCUGUGCGGGGGCGCGCCGCUGUCGGCGGCCACGCAGCGCUUCAUGAACAUCUGCUUCUGCUGCCCCGUGGGGCAGGGCUACGGCCUCACCGAGUCUGCUGGGGCUGGCACCAUCACUGAAGUUUGGGACUACACUACAGGAAGAGUGGGAGCACCUUUGGUCUGUUGUGAAAUCAAGUUAAUGAACUGGGAAGAAGGUGGGUAUUACAACACUGAUAAACCAUAUCCUAGAGGUGAGAUCCUUAUUGGAGGGCAGAAUGUGACUGUGGGCUACUACAAAAAUGAAGCACGAACCAGAAAAGAUUUCACUGUUGAUGAGAAUGGGCAGAGGUGGCUUCAUACUGGAGACAUUGGAGAGUUUCAUCAUGAUGGAUGUCUAAAAAUCAUUGAUCGCAAGAAGGACCUUGUAAAACUGCAGGCAGGAGAAUAUGUUUCUCUUGGCAAAGUAGAAGCAGCUCUGAAGAAUCUCCCACUGGUGGAUAAUAUUUGUGCAUAUGCAAGCAGUUUCCAUUCUUAUGUCAUUGGAUUUGUUGUGCCAAAUCAAAAGGAGCUCGCAGAACUAGCCCGAAAAAAAGGAUUUAAAGGAACCUGGGAAGAGAUCUGUAACAGUCCUGAGAUGGAAAAAGAGGUUCUGAAGGUGCUGGCUGAAGCUGCCAUGGCAGCAAACCUGGAGAAGUUUGAAAUACCAGUGAAGAUCCGCUUGAGCCCUGAUCCUUGGACCCCAGAGACUGGUCUGGUGACAGACGCGUUCAAACUGAAGCGCAAAGAGCUCACGGCGUUCUAUCAGACGGACAUUGACCGAAUGUACGGGAAAAACGUGAAGUAACCCUCUCUGCACCACUUUGCUACCACGAGCUUGGAUCAAAUAGGAAAUACUUGAAUUGCCUGUCUCGACUCAACACUUGAGAUCAACACACAAAACCACCAUUCCUCAUUUCCAGCUUAAACUGUUCUUUCUAAUGACGUCACCGUGAUGACUGGCAAGUUUAGUAAAAAGUUAUGGCAGCAAACUUGUGUCUGUCUCCUUUUUUCCAGUUUUCUCUGCUACCUUGUCAGUCUGUGGAUUUUCCCGGGUCUUUUUGGGAAACCAUGAUUCUGAAGCCUCAAGUUUUUAAACAUUUAUAAAUCCUGUAUAAUGUUUUAUUUGUAUCUUUAAAAUUUGGAUGUAUAUAGAGAGGACUUGGCUAUAUAAGAAAUGGUUAUACUGGGGGCCUUUUUUACCUAAUUAUUUAAAGAUAAGAAGGUAUUGAUGUUGUGACAUUAUGUACAUUGAAAAUGCUUGUUACAAGGUAGUUGUUGAACAGAGGACCAGGUUAUUUGCUGCUGUGCUAUUUUUCUGCAUAAAUCUGAGGGAGAAAAUGUUUGACAUUCCAGCUUGUGUAAUACACCUUCAAUAUGUGCCUAAUGGUUACUUUUAUUUUUAUCUGAAAGUGAAAGGAUGGUCAUGGCACAGUUCUGCCUCAAGGCAGGUACUCUUGCAGGUGUUAGUUAAAGCUCCUUUAAUACAGAAGAUGCUAUUAACACAGCAGAAGUUAAACCUAAGAAUAAUCUCUCAGAUACAGAAACUCCUUUUUUAAAUAGCUCGUGACCAUUUCAUCCAGAGCUGAAUUGUAUAGUGCUAAUAUGAGCUCUCAUUAAUUUCACCUAACACUUUACAAGCUUGACUGUGUCCUUUUAGCAAAGGGACUGUAGCAACCUUUGUCUUUUCUCUUUAGAUUUGGACAUUACAGUGGGUUUGCUCUUCCGCUGUUUGUGAAGGUUUGGCAAGACCCCUGCUCUGCCCUAGCUGCAACCCAAAUCUUCCUGGGGGGGAUUUUUAAAGUCAUAAUGACAGUUAUGUUCUCAGUUCACACAGUGCCUAGCUGCCCUUUGUGCCAUUAAAAAUCUCCCUUUGAUUCUCUGUUCUUUUGUGUAGUACUUUUUGCUUUAAAAACAGAUAUUUGAAGCAUUUAUGAAGAGUUAUUUAUGUUGCUUGGUUUGUUACACCUAAUUCUUACUUUGGGAAGGAGUCUCAAUUUCUGUUUCAGUAGAGAUUCAUGGAUAUUGUUUGAAAAAAUUUGGGGGCUCUUUUCAUCUCCAGUGAGAGUGUUCAAAUUUGUUUCAGAUGUGAAUUUUAUUUUCAAAAUAUUUCUGGAAAGAAUAAUCAGGGUUACAUGAGAAUGUGAAAAGGCAUACAUCAGUCAACUUUGUGAUGAAGCAAAUACUAAAAUGGCUUUAAUUUGGAGAUUACUCUUGUGUGUGUCGUUUACUUGUAGUACUAAAACUCAAGGUCCUGAUGCUCACUUAGUGCCCUGCUAUGGUAGCACACAUAGCAAUGCUGAGGGCCAGAAGCUUGGUUUGGGAGAGGGAGUUCCUGCUGCUUGUCUUUGUGACAUGAGGUUUUGGGAAGUAUUUGAUGUACAAAUUCUCAUUUUAUAACCCUCUGAAUUUUUUUUUAAAUUAAUGCUCUCCGUUGAUUAUAGAAAACAUUUUCAUAGGCAUUGAAGGUUAUCAAGCAGGUUCCAUGAUGAGGUGUGAGGUGGUUUGUGCUAAUUAUGGAUUUCCCCUGCUGCUGUCCAUGAAAAACUGUUAAUAUUUGGGAAAUGUUGGUGUAAGUAAUCAAGUGGAAAUAGAAGCAACAAAAAUAAAUCAGAACCAUAUUUUUGAGAUUACUGCCUUUAGAUAUCCAGAUCAUAAAUGAAAACCUUGUGGCAAAUAGAGAUGAGGCAAAUGUUGAAAAAUAACUGAAGAAUCGAAAUGUGGAAGAAUUGCCAAGGCUGUAGGGAAGUGUCACACCAUGUUUUAGACAUUAAUAACACUUAAAUUUGUGUCUGUGCUCCAUCAACAAGUUCUUAAAUAGAAAUCAGCGCAGACUGUACAUUGUUCAAAUAUUUUUGUGAUUUUUAGUGAAAAUUAAUAAAUUGCUGAAGUACCAUGUAUAUCAAUUGGUGCAUUGUGUAGCAGAUUUAGGAAAAUAAAUCUGCUUUUGGUUAAACAAAUCUGAAGUCAAUAUUUUGUUCUGCUAAGAGUUUAAGUCCCCUUUUGAGAAAUUGCAUAAAUGAAACUUUAAAAAUGGUUUGGAAAUAUUACUUCUAUUUUCUUUUUUCUAAUCCAGUCACAAGAUGGGGUUGCUGUCUAACUGUACAUUUGAUUUUACUGUUCAGGUUUUUUUAUGUUUAAAAUGGAUGUGGGAUAUAUAGUACCUCUUUCAUUAGGCAUCAGAUUCAUUGUGGACAUUUAUUUCUUCUACAGAAUGUGAAAACAAAGCAGUUCAUUCAGUUUAGUCUCGGCGCUGGAGAUAGGUUUUAAAAAAUCUUUUUGAUGAGUAUAGAUUUUUUUCCUUUUGAUUUAUAGCAAAAGACAGACUCCACUGAUGCUGGAUUUGUGAGUAUUUCAUGUCCCUCUGAGGCCAGCUGUGCUGGGGAGAGGCAUGGCUGUAGUGGGAUGUUCAGUCAGGCUGCAGUUCAGGUGUGGGGCUCCCUCUCUGCUCCUGCUCCUCGUUACUGAGCACAAGGACAGGUUUGGAGGGAUUUGUUCCAGCCCUGCAGAGAUGCACUGCUUGCCAGCUGGGAAUUCCUCUCCAUUUUUUCUUGUUUGUUUGGUG